UCUGUGGGAAGACUAAGGAAAACGCUGGUUGUUUGGUUGUUUUUAAGUAGUACCUAACCAAACGAAACGAACUUUAAAUUGCACCUUGCCGAUCCCAUUUUACAUCUCCAUUUCAGUCAGAACCCUGAAGGUGGAUUAGUAACUUAAUUACACCUCAAUUUGCACUGCUCCUCCCCCAGUAUCGCAUAUAUAUUGCAGGAACUUCCACAGCCCCUUCCUCGCUCCCAUACUGAAACCUAAAAACUUCUGCAGCUGUGUAGACUGAGUUUCCUCUAGCUCAGCAUGUAGUAGGGUAACAAGCUCGGCUGAUGCAAUGGUUUCCAGCUGGUGGCCUUGGCAGUCCUUUUAUAUAAAGACAAAGAUCUUUUUUUUCUUCCUAAGGCUGCUGCAGAACUGUAAGUUUGAGAAAUUGCCUACAGUCCCAGAGUCAGAAAGAUUUUUGUCUAGGAUAAUGGCAGACUUUACAGGAGAACAUAUGUGGUUACAAACAGGACAUGAACUAAGCUUGAGGAAACUAAUUGAGGGUUCAGAUUAUCAAGAGGAACUGAAGUAUGAUUUUAAUGCAAAAGGGGAACUGAGGCAUCUGGAUACAAAUGAAUCUUUUGUUUUCAAUUACUACAAAAACACCCAUGAGAAGAAUCAUGAACGCUAUCAAGUUUUGGGACGUGUGAUUACCCAGUAUGUUUAUGAGCUCCUUGAAAGGGUCUGCACACUGCAGAAAGUUUAUAUUCCUUCUGAUGCUACAGAGCAUGAACCAAGAAGUUUCUUUUUUAUGAGUGAGAAAGCACUAACAAGUUCUUCUAGCAUAAUUGUCCUUCUUCAGGACCGUGGAGUUUUUCAUGCUGGCCAGUGGGGGCAGAAGACAAUCAUCAGUGAGGGCCUGUACCAUGGAACACAAAUACCGUUCAUCAAAAUGGCCCUUCAAAGCCAUGGGGGAGUGAUUGUACUGAAUCCCAAUGACAAUUUUGUUGACUUGAAGACUGAAAGGGAGAAGCUAAGCUUCUCUACCAGAGAAGAAUCGCUGACGUCUAUGCAUUCCUGCCAGUGCAUCCCCAGGCGGUGCAGCAGUAGCCCUGAGGAGCAUACCAUGUAUGUAUGGGAUCAUUUCAUUUCUAAAAGCGCAGCCAAGAAUGUGGCCUUCAUUGCCCACGGCUAUGGUGGUUUGGUGUUCGCUGACCUGCUCAUGCAGAGAAAAUGGGAAGUGAUGAAUAAAGUGUUCUCUGUGGCAUUCAUCGAUUCCAUGCACAACAUACAGCAUCAGGCUGGAAAUGAUCCACAAAUACAAUGGUGGAUACAGAAAUACUGCCGUGAAUGGGUAUCAAACAAUAAGCCUCUAGGUAAAGCUGUGGCUUCCCUUGUCAAAGUGAAUUGUCCAACUGUCUCUGCUGGAACUGAAAAGUAUUGUUUAGCACCUUCCUACUGCCUGCAUUCCAUCUUUAAGUAUCUGAACAGCAUGCUGAAAGCCAAGGCCACAACAGCCUUUACACGUUCGCCUAUUGCAACCCGAAGCAGCAAAAGAAAGAAAGUUGGUAAAUAAAGGUAUAUUGACUUCGGUUUGAUAGUAGUCUCUUCAUAACCACCCCUGCAGCUAAGGUCCUUCACUAUGGAGAGACUUAAAACUGUAAGUUUGAAGACAAUUUGUUUUUGAGAAACACAAAAAUACAAGUUAACCGUGAGGAAAAAAAAUGCCUUCUUGAAAGCUUUAGGUCAUAUCCCUUCAGCUAGCUGUGAAAUUUAAAGCUGUACUAAACGAAGAUGUUAAUGUAUAUCAACACUUGUCUGUAUAUUUUUUUUAAAUGCACUUCCUGCAGUGACAGCUUUAUAAUUAGACUAAAGUGAUCAACAAAAUUCUAAUUUCUUAAGUGCUUUGUUUUCACUAAAAGGACAAUUCCGGAAUAUACCAAGUAUGCAAAUUUUCAUUUUUAAAUCCAACUAAAUCAGUGAGACUACACAGAGUUGCUGUGGUUAUAAAACAUGCUAGCAACCUACAGUUAUCAAACUGAUACAAGAGAACGACACAGCUGUUUUCUCUCAGCUGUCUUAUUUUAGAAGUGGGAAACAGUUUAAGUGCCCAUACUAAAGGUUUGCAAUUUAUUCAAGGAAAAGGCCAAAUAGUCUUUAAAACAUACGUAAAAGAAACAGCUAUUCGGAAUUUCCAGUUUAAUUGUGUGGGAAUUAAAAGCAGUCCAUGUCUGCAAAAGAGCUUUGAAGGCUAACACUACCUUGUCAUACAUCUUCAGAUCCUAUCUCAUUAAGAAAAAAAUAAUUGCUGAACCAUAACAUUGGGUACAGAAAACAGUGUCAAAUUCCCUUUAUAUUAUUAUUUUCAUCUGUUUCUGAUUUUAGUAAUUUCUGACACUGUCUGAAAAAGCUUUCAUACCAUUAUUCAGUCAUGGUAGAAAUAUGAAAUUUGAUGGGAAAGGCACAGUCAGGUAAGUGCUUUCAGUAACAACUGCAGCUUUUUACAUAUAGCUCAGCUAAUAUCAAAUUUGAAUGGAAGUAGUAU